UUUAUUUUGCUUGACUAACGUGAUGAAAUAGGAUUUGGAAUACAUAAUUCAGGUGACAGGUCCCCUUUAAUGUAGCCUCAAGCAAAGUAUGGAGUUCACAGUCCUUUGGUGUAUGUUCUGAUGUGGUCAGUGGGGGGUCUGUUGAGCUGCAGCUAAGGCAUAAUGUGAUGGGGCAGAAUCUCCAAUAGCUGUCAAGAAAAGAAAGGGAAGGAGUAUGUCUGUCUGGUGUGGGCAUAAUAUCAUCUAAGAAGAUCCUAGCUGUUAUCUCUUAAACUCCACCCAUGGGAGCCACUCUACUUAAUUGUAAUGUGUUGUAUUCCAGUGCUUUGGUGCUAAUAUAUAUAUAUACACACAUAUACACCUCUAUGGAAGAUUAUCUAGCUCUUCUGAGUGAGUUGAAUUGAAUCUCUUAACACAUAUGCACUGUAACCCACUAUACAAUAAAAUCUGAGCAGUUUUGCUUCCAGCAAUUGAGGACAGGUGUGGGUGUUCAGCCAUUGGGCAAAGGCUGCAGCCGGAGAGUGUGUGGGGUGUCAACAAGAGGCAGAAACAAGCGUGGGCUCCCUCUCAUUUUAUUUGCUAGGCUAUCUGUUCAUUGAUGCUCUCGGGGUAGACUGCAGCUGUAGGGAAGUUGUUUAGUAAAUGUCCAGGGGCUGUCCAAUCCAUGUCCAUUCAUUAAUACAACUGUCCCAUCUUUGUUCAGUGCCUUUGUAUUUGGUGAUAUAUCUGCCCCAAUGGCCUACAGUCCCUGGCCAUUAGUUCAUAAAAUUGCCCCUGUAGCUGCAGUGCUUGGCCAUUAAUUAAUGCUACCAAAGGUUCAUGUUGCCACCUAUACUAAAAAAUAAUAUUCCGGUCUGGUUGUAAAGUGAGGCCAUGAGGGGGCAAGACUUUGGUAUCAAGGGGGCAGAUCAGGUGAGAAUUUGGUGGGUAGGAAAGUAUAACAUAUGGGAGAGAUAGAGAGUGAGCUGGUAAUGGGAAUUAGUGUGAAGAAUUAUAGGAUUCAAAAUUUACCAGUAAGUAUAUUGCAUGUAAAUUAAUAUUUUCAGCCCCAUCGACUAUUUUACCAGAUACCCAGAAGAACAUGUACAUAUAAUAACAUAUUGGUGUCUCAAACAUUCAGCUACAGUUCCAAGAAUAACAAGCAAAUGCGUAUUUACCCCAAAUCUCUCCCUUACUGACCUCUAAGCUCAGCAUUAAUUUCUCUAGGAGAGCAAAUUGCCAUUUUCCCAAAUACAUUCCCUUAUAAAGAUAACACUGAAUGUGAUCAAUCUGGAGCCUACGCUUUUUAAAAAAUAGACAAUUUCAAAAUGCAGAGAAGACAAAGAGGAAUAAAUGCUGGGCUUGUGCUUUUGUUUGCCCAACUUUAUCAAUUUGGGAUUCAUAAUAUCCCACCUGUAACUUUGGCAGCACUUGGGUUAAAUAUUUAUCUCUUCUUAAACCCUUUGAAGCCAUUAUUGAAAGUUUGCAUUAGUGUACGUGAAGGUUAUUAUGGCAGGGAUUGGCAGCGUUUCCUUCUCUCUCCAUUCCACCACGCAGACGAUUGGCACUUGUACUUCAACAUGGUAUCCUUGUUAUGGAAAGGAGCAAAACUUGAGCGCAGGCUAGGCACGGGACUUUUUGCUUCGAUUAUCCUUGUAUUUUCUCAGUUGAUUGGAGUGGUCUAUGUCAUUUUGGAAUAUGUCCUGGCAGAAUUCACAGGCGAUCCCUCCUUUAAGAUGCAGUGUGCAGUGGGAUUCUCAGGUGUAUUAUUUGCUUUAAAAGUACUCAACAACCAUUAUCACCCAGGAGGUUCUUCUAAUGUGUUUGGCAUCCUGAUACCUAAUAAAUAUGCUUGCUGGGCCGAGCUGGUAGCAAUUCACUUACUUUCCCCAGGGACCUCUUUUGUUGGACAUCUCUCUGGUAUCUUAGUUGGACUGCUCUACACCCAAGGGCCUCUUAAGAAUAUCCUGACAGCUUCUUUCUCAAAUGGCCCUUCUUCAGCUGGAAGAAACUUCAAUUAUUCUGGGCACUCUGGGUACGCAGAUUAUCAGUACCAGCAGCACCAGUCUCCAAGGAGCUAUGACUUUUACACAGGAGGGCUUAAUGAAGAUGAACAGUUGCAACAAGCCAUAAGGGAAAGUCUCAAUGAAAGAGGUUUCCAUAUUUCCUAUUGUUUGCCAGUUGGCCAUUCCUGCAGUGUCAAAAUGGGAAUAGAAGGCCUCAACAGAAUGCUCCUCGGUCAUCAGCAGAACAACCGUCUGUAGAAGAAAUUAGGAGGCGACGGCUGAACAGAUUCUAAAGACUAAACAGCCCUACAAAUGCCAUUGCACUCUCUGGUUUUAUAGCCCUUACUGGCAAACAAUUCCAACCAGCAACUUUUUUUAUGAAUUCAUGUUUUCUAUCUUUAGGCAAAAGCCUGUGGCUUCGCACAUGAACACACAUCACUGCUCUAAUACACAGCUCCAAAUAACAUCUGAUUUCAUAUACACUUCUACUCCUGUGCCACAGUUAUGGAGGGUCAGCCAUAAUAUACAUCAUUUGUUUAAGAGCUCUGUCUUUCUGGUUUCCAUGUUGGAAGCUAAACCUGCUAGAAUGAUUUAGAGCAAGGAUCCAUUAAUUUUAUGGAAAUUGUAGUGUAACUGGUUGUUUGCUUGCUUGACCUUCUGAAUGAGAGGAGCCAUAUGCUGUUAGCUUGGAUCUCACAAAUGCAAUACAGAUACCUGGGUAAUCCUUUUUAUUGGACACUUUCUAUUUAAAAAUGCCAUAUCCUGUAUAAUAUAUAUAGUCAUGCUAUUUUCAAAGUUGCCAUUUCAGUUUAAUGUAUUCAUUUUAAAAUGUUUGCUGCAUUAACAACAUUUGUUAAUACAUUUUUUGUGAUAAAA